AUGAGUGGUAAGAAUCCCAGACCAAUCUGUGUAUCACCACCCAGAUUCGAUCGUUUAAUUGAAAUGUGUGCAAGAUUUCAUGACAUAUAUUUUGUUGGACGUAACAUGCAUUUAUGUUUAGAUGUAACAGCAACAGUAGGAGAUUUUGAUCUGAUUGACAGAGAAUUUGAUUGCAUGAAGUUUGGAAGUGACGGAGUUGCUUUAGUGUCUCCUGAAGAUGGAGGUGGCCAUCCUGGAUAUCCAGCUGUAAUAAAUCCUGGAACUGAUGCAGAAAUUGAUGCUGGUGGCACAGAUGACAUAGAUGAAUAUGAUGAAAUUGUUGGAUAAAAAAUUUAAUGAUUUAUGAGUAUUAAUAAAAUUAAUAUUU